GUUAAAUUACAAUCGUUGCAGAAAAAGAAAAAAUCUAAGAGAUGUGGGAAUGGUAAGAAUAGCGCCAAUACUGACAAAAAGAAUAAAUUUGUUUCAGAGAAAUAAUGUUGGAAAUACAAACAGACUUCCUUAUGUUGAUGGCCGUGUAGAUGGACGCCGAAUUGGUAAGUUGCUUGUUUCCAACAAAGAAAUAGCAAAAGGAAGCAAUGGUACCAUUGUGCUUGAGGGGAUCUAUGAUGGCCGUCCAGUGGCUGUUAAACGUCUUGCGCAGACUCAUCAUGAUGUGGCUCUGAAAGAUAGUCAGAACCUUAUUGCUUCCGAUCAACACCCAAAUAUUGUUACCUGGUAUGGGGUAGAGUAUGAUCAGGAUUUUGUUUCUCUCUCUCUAGAGCGUUGUACAUGUAGCUUAAAUGACCUGAUCUACCUAUGCUCUGAAUCUUUUCAAAAUCGAGUCAAGGAUGAAGAUUCAAAUUUCUUCAAUGAGUAUAAUGUUCAAUUACAUUCUGUGAUGGAAAAUAUCAAGGAUGUUGAACUUUGGAAGCCUAAUGGGCAUCCUUCUCCCCAUUUGUUGAAACUAAUGUGUUAUAGAGAUAUAGUCUCUGGGCUUGCCCAUUUGCAUGAACUUGGCAUCAUACAUCCAGAUCUAAAUCCUCAAAAUGUUUUAAUAAUCAAGGAAAAAACCAUAUGUGCAAAGCUUUCGGACUUGGGCAUUAGCAAGUGCUUGACUGGCAAUAUGUCUUCCUUAACCCGGGGUUCCACUGGUUAUGGAAGUUCAGGCCGGCAAGCUCCUGAGCAACUUCGUCAAGGUCGUCAAACACGUGCUGUGGAUUUAUUUAGUUUAGCCUGUGUUCUAUUUUUUUCCAUCACCGGUGGUAAACACCCUUAUGGAGAUGGUAUCGAACGUGAUGUAAAUAUUGUUACUAGGGUUGUAAAAUGA